GAUAGAGGCGAUCAACUGCUCACAGAAGCAUCCAGCAUCUUUAGCGUAUAAUCUAACUUAAAAAAUAAAUAUUUCUGUACAAUUGUAAUGGGGUUAUAAAUAAUAUUUUGCUAAGAAAUGAGAAUAAGCCAAAUAACAUAUUUUUAGUCAGUUCUGAGACCAUCAUCCCUAGAUAAGAAACUUCUGGAAAAACUCCAUUCUUGGUAUGACUUGCAGGUUGGGCUCGGCACUCAGGCUCAUCGAUGACCCCUCAUCAUCAUCAAUAUCAUCUAAUUCAAACGUAGAACCCAAACAUCCCAUCGCAAACUCGUUCGCUUUCCAUUUCGUUUCCACGUCCCUGCUCUUUCGUCCCACUGUGCCGCCACAUUUCGGUUGUAUGUACGUGUGAAUUUGCACCUUGUGCACCCGAAAGUAGCGACGACGACUCAGCAGCUAAAAAAAAAAACACAAAAUAAAAAUAUAUAUGCAUAAAAUACACAACAAAUAAGUAGAAAACAGAAAUAAAGAAGGGAGUAGAGGAAAGCGACAACUCACAGAUACAGAUACAAAACCUCACCGACUCAGGCAGAGAUGAGAGCGGAGAGCGGACAAAGAAAAUGCCGCGAUUGCAUCGGCAUUUUCAUUCAAGCGUUUGCGCCUCACAUUCUGCUUUAUCGUCGAUUCCGUUUUCGAGUAUAUUAUUGAGAGUUUGGUGAGAGAGAGAAAUGUUGGACGAACGAACUACAGGGUGUAGAUGGUUUUUCGACACAGGGUACACAGGAAUGAGAGAGCUGGUUUUGUUUUGGCUCUCGCGAGUGGCUCUCGGCCGCAGUGGCACAGUGGGACUGUCUCAAAUUUGUUUGGAACUUUGUUGUUAACGGUUGUCCGCACGCACGCUCGCCGCCGGAUCGCGUUCGUUCGCUCGGUAGCCGCUAAGAAAAAGAUAGAAGAUACAAGAUACAAGAUACACGAUACAAAUCAGCCAGAACGGUUUCCAAUGAAGAGUUUGAAAAUGUUGCAACCGAAUUAAAUAGUGUCUAAUCGCCUGUCCCCGUACACACGCACGCCUCUACUUGUAAGAAAUUGUUAGCAAGCCCCACAACACAACAUAAUACCCUGUUCCCUCACAAAACAAGUGCAAUUCAUCGCAGAAACGAAUAAAGUGCAAACGCCUUGUAGCUGAACCAGAGAUUAUUCGAAGAAAGUACACACGUACGAGUGAAGCGGCAGAGAAAUAUUCUUUAAAUAACGUAAAUCGAGAGCAUAUAUUCAUAUUUGUACAGAAAUUGUGUAGUUGCUGCAUAGUGCAAAGUCAAAAAAUAGAAGCGGGUAUCUAAACAACUCACUCGCUCGACGUUCGACGCUCGUAGCUCGUAGCUCGUAGCUCGUAGCUCGACGCUCUACCCUAGACGCUGGACGGUGAAAGCAGAACACCUGAGACGGGAAGGGGAGACGGACGCGAGCAAACAUCAACAAAGCAGCUACGUAAUCAGCGACAGAGACGGCAGACGCGGACAGAGACGUACGCAGCGGACGGACAAUCAGACAUUUGUCUAGCCCCGGUCUGUGGCACGCCCCCGCACCUUGCAUCCUGUCGAACAGAGGAGCGAACAGUACAUCUCAGGAGAAACAGUUCUAAGCAGUAGUGCGCGCCGCGUUCAGUGCUAAACUAGUUGCAUGUUCUAGUUGCAAGCCAAAGUGCCCCGUUCACCUGGAUAUUCACCUGGAGACUCUCUUCCGAAGACAGCGACCCAUGGAUACUUGUGGAUUAGUAGCAGAAUUAGCGCAGUACAUAGACGCAUACGCUCCCCGCUCUCAGGCGUGCUGAAUGAGGAGCGAAAAUGCAUUUUGAACGCAAGCAAGUGCGAAAAAAAUAACAGAGCAGCCAGAGCAGCAAACACACAGUUCCACGACCGCGGAACCACAGCACACCAGAACACCAGAAGAAUCUCGGAGAAGAUUCUCCACCAGCUCCACGAAGCAGCCUAUUAACCUUUGGGAAGAGUACAGCGCCGUACCUUCCGGACCAACUGCCAGGGACGAGCGAUUGUCCCCAGCCGACUCGGAGCGGAAACAGAAACGGCCCCAAAACGGCGACCAUCAGCUACCAGAGGAUGAAGCGGCGCUGGUCCAACAACGGCGGAUUCAUGCGCCUGCCGGAGGAGUCCUCCUCGGAGGUGACCUCCUCCUCGAACGGCCUCGUCCUGCCAUCGGGCGUGAACAUGUCGCCCUCGUCGCUCGACUCGCACGACUACUGCGACCAGGAGCUCUGGCUCUGCGGCAACGACUCCGGCCCGUACGGCGGCUCGAACGGCGGAGGCCUCAGCCAGCAGCAGCAGCAGCAGAGCGUCAUCACGCUGGCCAUGCAGAGCUGCUCCAGCACGUUGCCCGCCCAGACAACCAUCAUCCCGAUCAAUGGCAGCCUCGUUGGCAACGGCAACGGCAAUGGCAACGUUAGCGGCAACGGGGUCGGAGGUGCCACCAACGGCUCCAACGGCCACUACAUACCCGGAGCCACCAGCCUUGGCGCCCUGGCCAAUGGGCACGGGCUGGUCAACGGGAUCAGCGCGAUGCAGCAGCAGAUGCAGAACGGCCACGGACUCAUCAACUCCACCACUCCCACGACACCCUCCGCCCAGCACCACCUGCAGCAGAACGGGCUGGGGGGCGGCGUCGGGGCCAUGGGCCUGCACUCCGCCAACGGCAGCGCGAACGGCCUGAUGGGCGGCGCGGCCGGCGGAGGGGGCGGAGUGGGUGGCCUGGGCCUGGGGAUGCAGCACACGCCGCGCAGCGACUCGGUCAACUCCAUUUCAUCAGGUCGCGACGAUCUCUCGCCCUCGAGCAGCCUGAACGGGUACUCCGCCAACGAAAGCUGCGAUGCGAAGAAGAGCAAGAAGGGCCCGGCGCCGCGGGUGCAGGAGGAGCUGUGCCUGGUCUGCGGGGACCGGGCCUCCGGCUACCACUACAAUGCACUGACCUGCGAGGGCUGCAAGGGCUUCUUCCGGCGGAGCGUCACCAAGAGCGCCGUGUACUGCUGCAAGUUCGGACGGGCCUGCGAGAUGGACAUGUACAUGCGGCGCAAGUGCCAGGAGUGCCGCCUUAAGAAGUGCCUGGCCGUGGGCAUGAGGCCGGAGUGUGUCGUCCCGGAGAACCAGUGCGCGAUGAAGCGGCGCGAGAAGAAGGCCCAGAAGGAGAAGGACAAGAUGACUACGUCGCCCAGCUCGCAGCAUGGUGGCAAUGGCGGCGGCUUGGGCUCGGGCGGCACCCACGACUUUGUGAAGAAGGAGAUCCUCGAUCUAAUGACCUGCGAGGCGCCGCAGCACGCCACGAUUCCGCUACUACCUGAUGAUAUUUUGGCCAAGUGUCAAGCGCGCAAUAUACCUCCGCUAACGUACAAUCAGUUGGCUGUUAUAUACAAACUAAUUUGGUACCAGGACGGCUACGAGCAGCCAUCCGAAGAGGAUCUCAAGCGUAUAAUGAGUCAACCCGAUGAGAACGAGAGCCAGACGGACGUCAGUUUUCGACACAUCACCGAGAUAACCAUUCUCACAGUUCAGUUGAUUGUCGAAUUUGCGAAAGGUUUACCAGCGUUUACAAAAAUACCCCAGGAGGAUCAGAUAACGUUACUGAAGGCCUGCUCGUCCGAGGUAAUGAUGUUGCGUAUGGCCCGCAGAUACGACCACAACUCAGACUCCAUUUUCUUCGCGAACAAUCGAUCCUACACACGGGACUCGUACAAAAUGGCCGGAAUGGCUGACAACAUUGAAGACCUGCUGCAUUUCUGCCGACAAAUGUUCUCGAUGAAGGUGGACAACGUCGAGUACGCUCUACUCACUGCCAUUGUGAUCUUUUCGGACCGACCGGGCUUGGAGAAGGCUAAACUAGUCGAAGAGAUCCAAAGCUACUACAUCGACACGCUACGCAUUUAUAUACUCAACCGCCACUGCGGCGACUCCAUGAGCCUCGUCUUCUACGCCAAGCUGCUGUCCAUCCUCACCGAGCUGCGCACCCUGGGCAACCAGAACGCCGAGAUGUGCUUCUCGCUGAAGCUCAAGAACCGCAAGCUCCCCAAGUUCCUCGAGGAAAUCUGGGACGUGCAUGCCAUCCCUCCCUCGGUUCAGUCACAUCUGCAGGUCACCCAGGAGGACAACGAGCGUUUGGAGCGGGCCGAACGUAUGCGGACCUCUGUCGGUGGCGCUAUUACCUCGGGCAUAGACUCCGAGACCGCUUCCACCUCGGCGGCGGCAGCGGCCCAGCACCAGCCCCAGUCACAGCCGCAGCCGCAGCCGCAGCCACAACUCCCACCUCAGCUCCAGCCGCAGCAUCUUCCUGUCUCCGUUUCCGUUCCUGUGCCCGCAUCCGUUUCCGGUUCCGUGUCGGCAGUCAGUACAAGCAGCGACUACAUCGGGGGCGGUGGGGCCUUGGGGCCCACGACCGCUGCCGCCACCUCUUCUACCAGCAUCACUGCCGCCGUGCCCGCUAGCUCGACCACGCCAGGGGUGGCCAUGGGCAACGGGGUAGGAGUGGGCAUGGGUGUGGGCGGGAACGUCAGCAUGUACGCAAACGCCCAGACGGCGAUGGCGCUGAUGGGCGUGGCUCUGCAUCCACACCAGGAGCAGCUCAUCGGCGGAGUGUCUGUCAAGUCGGAGCACUCGACGACGGCAUAGCAGACACAGCAACAGCAGCAGCAGCUACACCAACACCACCACCACCACCACCAAGAGAAUAUCGGUGUCCUGCUUGACUAGGAAAGGCAGCUAAACCCACACACUCCCCAUCUUCCUCUCCCGACACAGAUGGAGAAUUGCGCCGCGGGGUUGGGGAAUUCUCCUCAGGAGGGCGAGGAAACGAAUUAUUAAUGAUGGACAAGCGUAAACUGCAGUUAUUUAGUCUUAAGCCUGCAAAUAUUAGAGUUUAGGCAUUAUUCAUUUGACUAAACAUUUAAAAUAUACUAUUAACUAUUAUACGGAAGCUUAUUCGGAACAAGCUUAAAAACAAUUGGACAAGCGCAUUGAGAGAGACAGAGAGGUGGAGAGAGUGAGAGUGAGACAAGAUAUAUGAACGGAGAACAAAUGAAAAUCAAUUGAAAUAAUAGAAUCCAUUUUUUUGUGGGCAGAGCACGGAUUUGUGCCGCGCACAAUCAUUUCUCGAAUUUGGUUUUUCAAGUUGAUUCUCCAACUGCAUGCGACACAGAUCCGGAGGGAAUAGAAACAGCAGAGCGACAACAGAGAGAAGAGAAUAAAGAUUGUUUAUAUAUAAAAUAUAUAAAUUUACAUUAAAUUACUAAACAUAAACUUAAUGAAAGCAACUGUAUAAUAUUAAAUCAUAACCCCUAACUCUUACCAUAAUGAAACGAGUAAAUCUGAAACGAGUAAAUCUGUUAAAUAAGCAUAAUAACUAAAUACACAUUUAAGUUAAUUCAAACAACAAACUCUAAAAAACACGCAAAACUUGGACUGAUUUUAUAAAUAUUUUUUAUUAAUAACGAAGGCAAAACUGUAAAAAUAUUACAAAAAAAGCGAAACAAAGCAAAUAAGAGAAUAUAUUAAUAUUUUUUUUAUGCCCUCCUUAUAUUUUUAAAAAUGAGAAUUUAAAUUCUAAGAUUCUGAUAAUUUCCACCCAAAAAAGUGUUUGCAAACAAAAUCCAAGAUUCUUUAGAAAUUGGCAUCGUUUUCUAGGCAUUUUUUAAACAAAAUUUUUAUAUUGAAAAAUUAAUGAAAUUAAAGUGAUUGGAGUUUUACUCAAAACCAAAAGGCAUCAAAAGGUAUUAAGUCUUAAACGAAACAAAAAUUGUAAUUCAAAUAUUUUACUGGUUAUGUUCAAUCACUUUGGUAACCUGCACACCCACAGUUCACCAAAAGACUUCAAUAUUUAUUAUACGAAUUAUAUUUGUAUUUCAAAAUUCGAAAUCAAAAUUUAUUUUAUAAAAAAAAACCACAUUAACGUGCAAAUUGGUUUACUUUGGCAAUUUAUAAUGUAAUGCAAUUUAUUUUCAAACAAUUUUUAGGUCUAUUAGUUCCCUUUAGUUUUGAACUGUACAUUUUUUAAUUGUUGGCCUUAUUUUAACUUAAAUCAAAUUUAUUCUAAUUUUAGUAAAAUUUUUGUUUGCAAACGGAGACAAGAAAAACUUGUAAAAUAGUAACACGCUGAAAGUAAGGAUAAAAGUGGAACUCUUUUAUUGUGUAGAAAAAAAUAAUACAUACAUCUUAGCUUUCUAAAUGAAUUGUGCAAUUUUUUAUUUUUACUACUAAUUUAAUUUAAGUACCUAUAUAUUUUUACCCACAAACACACACAAACAGCCACAGCCACAUAAUUAAAUCUUUAAGUAAACUUAAUUUAUAAAAACGAACUACAACUACAAGUAGCAUGAAUAUAAUGGAAGCAACUCAAAUUAAACGAGCACCUUGCUUUAAAUAAGAGAAUUCUAAUUAAAUAUAGCCUGCACUUGGACAAAGAGAAUUCAGUGAAUUAUUUAAUUGUAGUACUCGUAUUCGGGCUUUGUGUUCGAACUUCGAACUUUGAACUUCGAAGGCUUCCCGGAUGGGGAACUGCAGCGAAAGAUCCAAAACCCAAAAUACGCGAUGACGGACAUCGCUCAUCAAACUCAUUAUGUUUCGUUUUUUACAAUUGGUUUAAGUUCGAUGAUUUUUAGCAUGCACUCGCACGUUCAAUUAUUAUUAUACAAAAUACCUAACCUAAUAAAUUUAUUCAUAACUUGUUUUAUAGUUCAUGUAAUGUAAAAUAUUAAACCCUAUCGUAAUAUGGAACAUUUGUACCAGUCUACAUAAUGAAAUAUGUGGUAGAUACGAAAGCAACCAAGAUAUAUACAAUAUACAUGAGAAUAUGUUGAAACAAAGCAAAACAAGAAGUUGAAAAAAGAAAAACGUAA